AUGGCGACAGCAACUGCUGCUGCUGCUGCUGCUGGCAGCCCUCCUACUGCAACAAGCAAUCCCCUCUCCUUCAAAAAACAAAACACCGACCUCGUGCACAUCCCGCGCAACUACCGAAUCCAAAAACGACCUAUCCCCCACGCCCCCAUCGCAUCGCCCUACGCCGGCAACACAGUCGCGAAACUGGUGUAUGUGUCCAGCAGGACUCCAUUCAUGAGCGCCGUGAAAAAGGUGCAGAAGCUGCUGCGGACGGCGGAGAGGCGCGCUAUGAUGCCUCUUAUUGACGAGAGGCAGCAACGGAAGAAUAAUAAGAAUAGAGCUUAUGGGCAGGAAUCGUCGGGGCCAUCAUCGACUACUGCUGCAAAAGUGUUGGGGAAGUGCCAGCAGAGACUGAGAGAGGAUAAGGUCUUGGUAAAGGCGACGGGUAGGGCGAUUGAGAAGGCAUUGGAGGUGGGUAGGUGGUUUGAGACGGGGAAGGGGAAGGCGGAGGAUGAGUAUGAGGUUGAAGUGAGGACGGGCAGUGUGUGUGUGGUGGAUGACAUUCUUGAGGAUGACGGUGAAGUCGAUAAUAAUGAGGAUGAGGAUGUGAAGGAUGCAGGCGAAGAGAAAGAAAAAACUGACAAACCUUCGGAAUCUAAAAAUCAACGUCGUCGACGCCGCAAACGAGAAAGGAUUCAACAGCAGCGACUCAGUGCGUUCAAAGAUGAGGACGGUGAGCCCCCAGAGUCAAGGACGAGGUGGGUUAAUAUGGUUGAGAUUGCUAUCAAUAUAAAAUAA